AUGCCUUCACUACAUAUCGCUCUCGCCGGCGCUACGGGAAACCUCGGCCCAGCGAUCCUGCAAGCACUCCUCGCGGCCUCGCUCCAAACUACCGUCCUAACAAGAGCAGGGAGCGCCCACAAGGUCUCCAUACCAGCCGGAUCGGAAAGCCUAUUGAAGAUCCAAGAGGUAGAUUACAACUCGCACGAAAACCUCGCCUCCGCGCUCAAAACUGUCGACGUGGUCGUGUCCACUCUCGGCUUUGCAGACCUGUUUAGCACACAGAAGAAGCUCAUCGACGCUUCUCUGGAGGCCAGAGUCUCUCGCUUCAUCCCUUCCGAGUUUGGAAACGAUUCGGCAAACCCUCUCGUCCGAAAGCUGCCGCUGUAUGCGGACAAAAUUAAGACCCAAGAGUACUUGGAGGGAAAAGCUGCUCAGAACCCAGGUUUCAGCUACACCUUUUGUUAUAGCAACUCUUUCUUGGACUGGCAGCUCCGAAUCGGCUUCAUGGUCAAUCUCAAGGACCACAGUGCUACGCUAUAUGACGGUGGCGAUGUUUUGUUCUCCGCGACUCGACUUUCUACCAUUGGCAAGGCCGUGGUUGGCGUGAUUCAAAAUGCCGAAGCCACGAGAAAUCAACACGUCUACUUCCACGAUAUCGCCAUUACGCAGAACCAGCUCAUUGACAUUGCGAAGCGCAUCGAUGGAAAAGAGUGGUCGACGAAUGUCGUCUCGACUGCUGAGAUGGAAGAAGAAUCUCAUGAGAUGCUGAAGAGCAACGACUCGGAGGAGGUCGGGAAAUCGGCGCUCGGGUUUAUCGCCCGGGCGUGCUGGGGCGCAGGAUAUGGAGGUGAUUUCAGUGACAAAGUUGGCAAUAAGCUGCUCGGGAUUUCAGGAAUGAGCGUUGACGACGUUGAGAGGUUGGUGCGGGAAAUUAUUGGUUGA